AUGUCUUCAGAACCCAACAGUGAUAUAGAUAUUGAGAUUGUUUCACCAAAAAGCAGUACGUAUGAUACAUUUGAUGAUACUCAACCAACAAUGGAUCAAGAUAGCCAGGCAACAGGUGCUGUAGACGCGGAGAUAGAUGAUACGCAGUCGAGAUCUAUAUCGAAUGGAAAAGGAAAUGAUAAAGACUCUGCUGUAGCACCAAGUUCAGCAGUCGCGCCAGUGGAUGAUGACACUUUGUUAACAAAGGAGACAAGAAAGUUAAGAAAGAAGAAACAGUUCAUUUCUGACGACGAGGACGAUACAAAUAGUAAAGCCAAAAAGAAGUCGACAGGUCGACAAAACAAAUCGAAUAAAGGGAGCGAUAGUCAAGAAACUGCAGUGAAAUUGGAUGAUGAAGCCAAAGAGGAGGAAAUGGCUGUCAAACUGGAGGAUAUGGAAGUGGACGGAGAAUUACAUCAGGAGAAGCAAGAGAAAGGACAACAGCGCAAAAAGAUCAGUUAUACAGACUUUGACGAGAAAGAGAACGAUAUUGAUGACGUUGAUACAGACGAUUUGUUGGAUCAUGUAGAACAGUUGCCUCAGUUACGUAAAGGACCUACGAAACGUAAGAAAAUCCUUACAAAGAAAAAGUCCAUAUCAUCAUCUUCAACGAGAAAUACAGGAGCCGAUAUUUUGAGAAAGUUUGUUAAAAAGAAACCAGAAGGAUAUGACCCUGAAAAGGUAAAAAAGUACGCUUCGGAAUAUCCAGACGACUAUUGGAAAUUUCAUGCAGAUUCAGGUUACGAUAUGAUUGACAAUAUCAGCGAAGACAACCCAGUCGUUGCAUUACCAUAUGCCAUCAGUGAUCAAGGAGCCAUCACCGGCAUGACGUUGUCCGGUGACGGUACACUUCUUGCGACAUUUUCUAAUAUUGGUUCCAUCAAAGUCUGGGACGUCGCUGCUACGGAUGCUGCUGCAGACGGCGAUGAAUCUUUCAAACUUCUACGUCAUAUUCGAGAUAAAGAUGAAAAACAGAUUGACGAAUUCUAUUGUGGCCAAAUAUUAGAGAAUGAGGGGCUGAUUGUAGCAGGUGGUAAAUUGAAGGAUCGAUAUAGAUGGUCUGCGGAAGAUAACGAUAGUCAUAUUCUGCCAUGCCCUCUCAAGAUUUUUGAUGUUGUCACGGGCAAGAGAACAACUUUACUAGAGGGACACGCAGAAGAGAUCUUAUGUAUUAAGGCCAUCCAGUUUUUGGGCGAGAACUAUCUCAUUUCUACUAGUCAGGAUGGAUAUAUCAUUAAAUGGCAUAUGGAUUCUACUUGGACAAAAUUACUGGAAUCCACGCGCAUGGAUGACGGCCUUACAUGCAUGGCGUUUACUGUUAGUUUUGUGCCGAACACAGGAAACAAAUAUUUUAUUGCUGCAUGUGAUGAGCAUCUUCGUCUUUACGAUUUUGAACAAGCUACACUAUUACAAACAUUCGAGGACCUAUAUUCAUCUUAUUGUGAUUGUGGAAAAUUUGUCAACUGGCUCGAUGCACCACCAUCUAUAUCAGACAUGGAAAAGCAAGUAAAAGAUCUAACAGUGAAUGAUGAGGAAGGUGAUGGCCAUGAAAAGGAACAAGAAGCGAAAAUAGUGAUAGAUAAGGAUGAAGGCACAGGACACAACAGGCAAAUAGCCUGGUUUAUUAGUCGUGGUGCAGAGAUGUGUGAUGUUAGUGAAGGCGUCUCAUCCAAACCAAACACCUGUACACUACACAAGCUGAUUUAUCCGACGGAAAAGGACGGCAAAUUUGAGUUAGAAACAGUCCGAAGAUACACAGACGAAGAGUAUCACUCAAACUCGUGGCUUGUUAAGAUCACUUCUAAUGGACGAUAUAUAUUGGCACCUACUAUUUAUGGCCAGAUUUUUGUCUUUAACAUGGCAACUGGUCAAGUGACAGCUAUUAUCAAAGAACAUGAAGAUAUUGAAGUACGUGAUGUUAUAUUUCAUCCUUACAAGCCGCUUAUAUUCUCCUGUGGAGAUGGUAAAUGUUUAGCUCAUAGCGAGCCCUUGAAAUGCACUCAAAUUAUUUUAUUACGAAUUACGCUAAACAAUUGCACUGAUUCCUUUUCUCUUUAG